CUCGGCGCUUGCCGUUAAGCCGUACGUGGCAAACAGACGGCCGCAGCACUUUGAGGUCCUUCACACCUGCAGUAUUUCUCUCAUAGAAACUCUACCACAGCGAGGAAUAACCCAACAAGGACACUUUUUACUUCGUCGAGAUAUUUUUGUAAAGUCCACGAACAAUGUUUACCACGUCGGAGCUGGUUGUCCUGCUGGCCGUCCUGUCCGCCACGGCGUCCGGCUACUUCGUUAGCAUCGACGCCCAAGCCGACGAGUGCUUCUAUGAGCGGGUCAACUCCGGCACCAAGAUGGGCCUAAUGUUUGAGGUGGCCGAAGGAGGCUUUUUGGAUAUUGACGUGGAGAUAACUGGACCCGACGGUAAGCAGAUCUACAAGGGUGACCGUGAGUCCAGUGGCAAAUACUCGGUGGCGGCGCACAUGGACGGAACCUACAAGUUCUGCUUCAGCAACAAAAUGUCCACAAUGACACCCAAGAUCGUCAUGUUCACCAUCGACAUCGGCGAGGCACCCAAAGGCCAGGACAUGGAGACUGAAGCUCACCAAAACAAGCUGGAGGAGAUGAUCAAUGAGCUGGCUGUUGCCAUGACGGCCGUGAAGCACGAGCAGGAGUACAUGGAGGUGCGGGAGAGGAUACACAGAGCAAUCAACGACAACACAAACAGCCGAGUGGUGCUGUGGUCCUUCUUCGAAGCCCUUGUUCUGGUGGCCAUGACGCUCGGACAGAUUUACUACCUGAAGAGAUUUUUUGAAGUGCGGCGGGUGGUUUAGAGCGGCGGUGGCGGCGGCACCGUGAGCCCUCCACGUUCAUCUUCUUGGCGUCUGACCUCAAGACAGAUAUUUACACUCUGCAAACGAGACUGGCAGUUUUCACUACUUCUCAUUUGUUUGUACAUUUGGAAACAAACGGCCACAAGAUUACAGAAUGGAUGCUUCUUUUUUUUCUUUUUUUUUUUCUUGUUGUUGGUUUUUAACUGAUUGUUUUCUCCGUAAAUGGUUUUGAUUUUUUUUUUUUUUCAGUAAGGCCUAAUCAAUCGUUAGAUAUUUGCUAGUACUGUUAUAUAAAAUCAGUCAGGUGGAAGUUGAUGCUGACAUGUCAAAUAGGUUUGUGUCACUUUUGGGGGAGGGGGCGGGGUCACAUGCCGCACAGUAAAACUACUAUUUUACUCUCACUUAAAUCCUUCAAAGGCUUCCUGAAAGCGGUCCGUACCCCAAUAAGACUCAAGUCAACAAAAUCAAAUCACUACUUUCCAGACCAAAUCUAGACGUAAUGGAACAGGAAGUGACUUCAUACGUUAGAGCAGUUAUUUAUGGCGGCAUACAGUCAAAUAAAACAAAUGAAAGUACUGCAAAGCAGUCAGGUGGAUGUUGACAGAGAGGACAUGUUAAAGGGGUUUGGGGUUGCACUAAAAUAAAAGGUCAAGUGAUUGAAAUGUUAACAUGAUGGUCGGGGAAGGGAGUGGGGUCUGACUUAAAUGACUGCUGUGUGCUUUUUGUCACUGCUCGGUUAUUUUGUUGGGGAAUUUUAAAUUAUGUGAAUGUUAAUAAACUUUUUUCCUCCCCUGUUUUGGAACACUUGCAGUGAGGUGCAACUUUUUUUCCUCUUUAAUUGAGCAUCCAUUUUUCUUUCUGCUCUUGCUAUACGUCCAAGGCUGUCUUAUCACUUCACUCGCAUCUUACUGGAAGCGUUCCACUUUUGUAUUGAGACAAAAAACACAAAAACAACCUUGCUCUGUUGUUCAGGCAGGAAAACGACUCUGCACUCAAGUCUCUCCUUUUCUGAUUCCAACACACUGAAGAAUCCAUCUGUACAAAUGUAGAAUGGUUGAAAAAUUCCCGGGUUUCAUAAUAAAGGAAUUCUAUACAACGA